CCACCUUGCCGCCGCAGAGGGGUGUCCGUGUUGUGACAGCAGAGGCUCAGGCUGAGCGGUCCUCCUUCUCAUCGACACUCCGCGGACUUGACGCUGGAACCACCGGAGGCCUUUUUCUUAUUUUUAUUUUUACUAACAACCCGCAUCCGAAAAAAGGGGUUGUUUGUUUAGUCCCAAUAUAGGUCCUUCCAUCUUGGAUCAAUAAUGGCCUUCAGCAAAGGUUAUCGCAUUUACCACAAGCUGGACCCGCCGCCCUACAGUGUCAUCGUGGAGACUCGGGGCCGGGAGGAAUGCCUCAUGUUUGAAUCCGGGGCCGUUGCCGUCCUGUCGGCAGCUGAGAAGGAGGCCAUCAAAAACACAUACUCCAAGAUAGUUGACGCCUAUGGAAUCUUGGGCGUGCUCCGCCUCAAUCUUGGUGACUCCAUGCUCCACAGCCUGGUAGUGGUGAGCGGCUGCAGCUCCGUGGGCAAAGUGCAGGAGUCGGAGGUCUUCCGGGUGACGCAGACAGACUUCAUAUCGCUGAAGAACGACUCCGGGGACGAGGAGCGUAUCGCCGAGGUGCGGAAAGUGCUGAACUCGGGACACUUCUACUUCGCCUGGUCGUCUUCCGGCGUCAGCAUGGACCUGAGCCUCAACGCCCGGCGGAGGAUUCUUGAAGACACCACGGACAACCGCUUCUUCUGGAACCAGUCCCUGCACCUGCACCUGAAGCACUACGGCGUCAACUGCGACGAAUGGCUCCUGCGGCUGAUGUGCGGCGGGGUGGAGAUCAGGACCAUCUACGCCGGGCACAAGCAAGCCAAGGCCUGCAUCUUCUCCCGCCUCAGCUCAGAGCGGGCCGGCACCCGCUUCAACGUGCGCGGGACCAACGACGACGGGCAGGUGGCCAACUUUGUGGAAACGGAACAGGCUAUUUUCCUGGAUGACCGAGUGUCGUCCUUCAUUCAGAUCCGUGGAUCCAUUCCUCUGUUUUGGGAGCAGCCGGGAAUCCAGAAAGCCUCGAUUAAGGGUGUUUUCUUGCACCUGAAUGGGAAUCGGCAACCUAACAGACUGGAUAGAAACCCUCCAGCGGUCGGCUCUCACCGCGUCAAACUCUCCCGAGGAUUCGAGGCCAACGCGCCCGCCUUUGAGAGACACUUCACCGCCCUUCGGAAGUUGUACGGAAAACAGGUGAUCAUCAACCUGCUCGGCAGUAAAGAAGGAGAGCACAUGCUCAGCAAAGCCUUUCAGAGUCACCUGAAGGCAUCGGAGCACGCCGCUCACGUGAAGAUGGUCAACUUUGAUUAUCAUCAAAACGUGAGGGGCGGCAAGGCGGACAAGCUGCACAGCGUGCUCAAACCUCAGCUCAGCAGAUUUGUUGAGGAGUGCGGCUUCUUUUACUACUCAGGGGAGAUGGGCAUCACCAGGAGCCAGGGUGGCACCCUCAGGACCAACUGCCUGGACUGCUUGGACAGAACCAACAGCGUCCAAGCCUUCUUUGCGCUGGAGAUGUUGCCGAAGCAGCUGGAGGAAAUGGGUCUGACCGAGAAGCCGCAGCUGGUGGCCCGCUUUCAGGAGGUGUUCAGGACCAUGUGGUCUGUUAACGGAGACUCCGUCAGCAAGAUCUACGCGGGCACUGGCGCCCUGGAUGGCAAGGCCAAGGCGGGAAAGCUGAAAGACGGCGCUCGCUCUGUGACGAGGACGAUCCAGAACAACUUCUUCGACACAUCCAAGCAGGAGGCCAUCGAUAUCCUGAGGCUGGGCUCCACGCUCAACAGCGACCUGGCCGACAAAGCGCGGGCCUUGCUCACCACUUCCAGUCUUUACGUCACUGAGCCCGUCUUGCAAUCAGCCUCCCCGCGGGUGCUGCUGGGAAUGUGUCAGAACUUCCACAAGUACACGCGGCCCAAGCAGGUCCGCGUGUGCGUCGGCACCUGGAACGUCAACGGCGGGAAACAGUUCCGCAGCAUCGCCUUCCGCAACCAGACUCUCAACGAUUGGCUGCUGGACGCGCCCAAGAUCGCGGGCGUCCCCGAGUUUCAAGAUAGCAAAGCGAAUCCUGUCGAUAUCUUUGCCAUCGGUUUCGAGGAAAUGGUGGAGCUGAACGCUGGAAACAUUGUCAGUGCCAGCACCACCAACCAGAAGUUGUGGGCCGCCGAGCUGCAGAAAAACAUCUCACGGGAUCACAAGUACGUGCUGCUGGCCUCGGAGCAGCUGGUGGGCGUGUGCUUGUUCGUCUUCGUCCGCCCGCAGCACGCGCCUUUCAUCAGGGACGUCGCCGUAGACACGGUGAAAACAGGAAUGGGCGGGGCUACGGGCAACAAAGGGGGCGUGGCCAUCCGCCUGCUGUUCCACACCACCAGCAUGUGCUUCGUGUGCUCCCACUUUGCGGCGGGACAGUCGCAAGUCAAGGAGAGGAACGACGACUACAACGAAAUCACCCGCAGACUCAGCUUCCCCAUGGGUCGCCUGCUCUACUCGCACGACUACGUCUUCUGGUGCGGCGACUUCAACUACCGCAUCAACCUGCCCAACGAGGAAGUGAAAGAGCUGAUCAAGCAGAAGAACUGGGACGCUCUCACCGCCGGCGACCAGCUCUUUGACCAGAAGAACGCCGGUUUGGUGUUCCGAGGAUUCAUCGAGGGCAAGUUGGACUUUGCCCCGACGUACAAGUACGACCUCUUCUCGGAGGACUACGACACCAGCGAGAAGUGCCGCACGCCAGCCUGGACCGACCGCAUCCUCUGGAUGAGGAGAAAGUGGAACUUUGACAAAACAGCGGAGGAGAUGAACGUGGUCGGAGCGGGGUCGACAUCGGCGGAGAGCCAGGCCGACCCUGAACACCACUGGAGCCCCGGGACCCUGAAGUACUAUGGCAGGGCGGAGCUGAAGACCUCAGACCACAGGCCCGUGGUCGCCGUCAUGGACGUGGACAUCCUGGAGGUGGACCCGGAGGCUCGGCACCAGGUCUACAAAGACGUCAUCGCCCUGCAGGGUCCUCCAGACGGCACCAUCCUGGUGUCUCUGUGCUCCUCCGGACCUGACGACUACUUUGACGACCCGCUCAUCGACGAGCUCCUGGACAAGUUUGCUCACUUCGGCGAAGUGAUCCUCAUCAGGUUUGUUGAGGAGAAGAUGUGGGUGACCUUCCUGGAGGGUUACUCUGCUCUUGCUGCUUUGUCUCUGAGCGCAUCAACGGUUCUUGGCAAGGUGAUCGACAUCCGCCUGAAGAGUUCGGGCUGGAUCAAGAGUCUGGAGGAGGAGAUGAGCGUGGACAGAAUCUGCGGGAGCCUCCCCAUGUCGGCCAGCUCCACCCUGCUGGCGGAGGACGCCGACAUGGGCGACGAGGACUACGACAUGGAGGGUGACGUGGAUGAGGAGGUGGAGGCCAUCCUUCCGCAGCACCUGCAGCCAGCGAUGGGCUCCGGACCAGGAUCUUCUCCUCUCGGCAGCCCCUGCGCCUCCCCCACCCACGGGGAGCCUGCAGGGCCCAGCAAGACCGGACGCGGUUCUCAGCCAUCCCGACCAUCCCACGGACCUCCCGUCGACUUCCAGCCCGGCGCGGCGACACACCAACGCCCGCCCCCUCCUCGGCCCGGUGCCCCCCCGGCUAGACCUGCACCCCCGCAGCGCCCACCGCCACCUUCAGGAUCCAAAACCCCGGCUCUCGCUCGCCCCGAUGUCGCCGCAGGUCGAGGCCAGGUACUUGCAGGACCUCCUGGACCGGCGGGUGUUGCAAGGCCGAAUCUUCCUCCCCGAGCCGGCGUGAUCAGCAUUACCCCGCAGAGCCGUCCUCUUCCUCCUUCCCACCCGGGAGCCCCCCGCCCCAUCCCAGAGGUGCACCCAGGGGCGCCUCGGCCCAUCAGCGACACCCACCCGGGAGCCCCGCGACCAGGGCCCGUUAAACCGUCCGAUCUUCCCUUAGGAGGCGUCCCGACAGCGCCCCCUGCUGUGAGGCCCUCCGCCCCCGCACAACCCCAGCCUGCCGCCCCGGUCCACCUGCCGGCCCCGAUGCAGCCCACGCAGGCCCCUGCUCAGACUCUGGCCUCCCCGAAACCGCCGCCGCGGUCCCGCUCGCACCACGCCCUGCCGCCCGAAGCCGCCCAGACAAACGGACUAAACGGCGUUCAGCAGAGGCCCAACCCCUUUGACGCUGUUGCCUCUGACUUCCUCCCCUCGUCAUCCACCAGCCGAUCCCUGACCCGAGGCUCCUCCCUGAGGACUCCCCCCUCAGUCCCCGUCUCCUCGUCCGUGUUCCAGUCCUCACUGGCCGCCGCCCUGCUCCCUCCUCCUCCCUCCAUGCCUCGCAGUCGCUCGCAGGAGGCGCUGCAGGCCUCCCCGAACCCGUUUACAGCUGAGCCUCUCCCGGCCCGACCCAACAGCACCAACCCCUUCACUGGGUCGCUUCAAGCUCGCCAUCCGCCGGACGCCGCCGCCGCGCGGAGGCCCCACCCGCCGUGGUCGGCUCUCUCUGAGCCUCUCAUUCCCACCCCGGCGGUGGGCCCCAAAGCCCUCUCUAGGACCAUGUCGCUGUUUGGGCCCUCGCCGGUCCUCCCGCCCCGCCAGGAGCCGCCGCCUCAGCAGUGGGUUACCUUCAACGACGACCUCGACUUCCUCCUCCCCGUGAAAACCCCGCAAGCUUCGGCGAGCCAAACCCUGUCGCCUGGCUCCGGCCUUUUCCCCGAGCCGGACUGGCUAACCCCGACUCCCGCCUCGACGUUCCCGACGCCCGGCUCCGCCCCUUUCCCCGAGCCGGACUGGCUAACCCCGACUCCCGCCUCGACGUUCCCGACACGCCGUCCUGCCGUCCCGUCUCGGAAGCUCCCGGACGGCUCCAGUCAGAGCUGCUUCCUGCCCAGCCAGCCCACAGAGAGAUGACCAACACCCAGAUAUGUAUACACCUAUUCCACACCUGUCUUUGGGGGGGGGGGGGACUCUUCGGGCACCCAAUCAU